GCGAGAGAGGAGAGAUUCAAACACAAACAAGUGGAUGGGCACCAACCCACCGCCGGACACCGAUAUCCCCGCCUUCUCUGGGCAGCAGUCAGUACAGGCCUCAAGCCGUGUCCUGUAGUAGUAACAGCAGCCACCGCCGCUCCGGGUGUAUUUUAGCUCCAGUCUGACCUUCCCGUGUGAGGAGUGAACCAGCUCCAGUCCCUGCCUCUUUCUCGGCGCCUUUCCCGCUCUUUCCCUGCACCCGCCCGCGGCCUGAGGAGGAGAAGCUGCUGCUGUACCCGAGUAAUCUCCGCCAUGUCCCGCUCCAACAGGCAGAAGGAGUACAAAUGUGGGGACCUGGUGUUCGCCAAAAUGAAGGGCUACCCCCACUGGCCUGCUAGGGUUGACGAAGUCCCAGAACCCAACGCAAAGUCUUCUGCUAAUAAAUAUCAAGUGUUCUUCUUUGGCACGCAUGAAACGGCGUACCUCGGCUCUAAAGAUAUCUUCCCGUAUGAGGAAACCAAAGAGAAGUUUGGCAAGACAAACAAGAGGAAAGGAUUCAGCGAAGGCCUCUGGGAAAUUGAAAAUAACCCCACAGUGAAAGAUUCUGGACACCAGCCAUCACGAAAAAGAAGCUCUACCACAAAAGCUGAGCGUGGAGGUUCAGCCAAAAAUAGCGGAAAGGCAGCCAAAAAGAAGAACCUUGAAGAAGACGAAGAUGCGGAGGCUGAUGCUGAUGAAAAAGAGCAAGCCGACAACGAGAAAAAAGGAAAUGCAGAAGGCAGCAGCGAUGAAGAGGGAAAGCUCGUGAUAGAUGAACAAUCCAAGGAGAAGAGUGACAAGGCAGCAAAUAAACGGAAAGCAGAGGAUACUGCAGAGAGCUCCCCAAAAAAAGCAAAAGUAGAGGAUGAUCAAGAGCCAGAGAAAAAUGAAAAAGAUGAACCCCAGCCGGAAGAGAGCGUGCAAACGCCGGAGGCAGAUAAAGAGAAGAAAAGCGAACCCCCCAAACCAGCAGAGGAGUCUGAUAAAGAAGAGAAGGUUGAGGAGAAGCCAGCUGCAGAGGGCGAGACAAAAGAGCAGCAGGAGAGCCUGUAGCCGUCAUCGUCCUCAUCAACGCUUUCCCCCUCCUGGCUGGGCAGAAUUCAUUCAUUGUUUUUAUUAUACUCUCUGGAGCUUAAAAGAAGAAAAUAGGGAUUAAACACUCACCUAUCCACACCUACAGCCUAUUCAAGUCAAAUCUCAUCAUGGAGACCUUUCAAACAGCAUCUUGGACUCUUAUUUAAAAAUAAAAGGCUUCUUAUGGCAUCUUGGGACUCUGAUGCAACGUUUUGCCUUUUCAUUUCCCCGCUCAUCGUUUCAAUGUGUUGCUGUUCUCUGUGCCAGUACAAACUUGCAAAAUUGUUCAAUUCUAGUGCUCUCUGUCUCUGCUUUGUGCUCAGUGACUUCAGCUCAUUCUAGAUUGGUCCCUGUCCAUGGUAAUUCAUUUAAAUUCAUUUGUUUUUAGCAAAGUCCUUUAAGGGCCCAUUCUUAAACCAGUUUGUUUCCUCUUAAGCUGCAGGUGUGCAAUGGGCAAAUUAGGUGGUUACAGGGUUUGUUGGAAACGUUUAACAGAACUUGAAUCUUACAAGGUCUAAUUUGCUGCCAAAUUAGCAGCUAUUCCAGCAGUGAAACUGGGCAGAUAUUGCUUUUACUUCAGAGGUUGCAGCAGCUUAACUGUUCCCAUGGUGCAUCAGGGCUAAUAGAGGAAGCCUGUUGUCGGGGGGUAACUAGGUUAUCAGUAUGAAAAUUGUAUUUCUGUGGGCAGCACCACUAUUUUAUAGUGUUUUUUUUUUUUUUUUUUUUUUUUUUUUUGUAUCAAAGUCUACGUUUUAUCCUGCUUCGAUAUUUUAUUUUCAUUAGGGUUAGUCACAACUUUCCAGAUAUUCUCCUCUAUAAAGCUUAAAAGCAAGUCCUCCAUUAUGUAUGCGUAGAGUUUUUACCGUUAGAACUGGACAUAUUAAUGUAGAAUCUGUCUUUAUUGUAUAAAUCGUGCCCUCUCCAAUGGCUUUACAUCUUUCUACGCUGCUUUUUUUUUUUUAUCUUAAUGCAAAGUAAAUGUCUCUUUAGAACGUCUCACAUGGCAGUUGCCACUUGCUUGGGCAGACUCCUGAAAUUGCGGUCUUGUGGGAUUUUUUUGUGUAUUUCAUCUGUGCGUGUGUAUUUCUGCUACUCCACGGAAAUUGUGUAUUAAAUCUG